AUGAAUUGCAGUGAUUGCUGGCUGAUAAAUGCAAAUCAUACUGGCCUUCCAGCUACUUCAUCAUCUGCUGCAAAGACCAUUUCCCUGACAAUUGUACUGCUCUUCAUCAUUGUUGCAGACCUUAUUGGAAACACGCUGGUUAUUUUAUCUGUACUAAGGAACAGAAAACUAAGAAAUGCAGGUAAUGUAUUUGUUAUCAGCCUAUCAGUUGCCGACUUGAUGGUUGCUGUUUAUCCAUACCCAUUAAUUUUGACUGCUGUUCUCAAUGAUGGAUGGAUUGUGGGAAACACUCACUGUCAGGUCUCUGGAAUCAUUCUAAAUAUUAGCCUCCUUGCAUCUGUCUAUAACAUCUUGGCAAUUGCAAUCAAUCGCUACUUCUACAUUUGCCAUAGGAGCAAAUAUGACAAAAUUUACAGCACACAGAACACUAUCCUCUGGCUCUGUUUCAUCUGGGCAUUGACUGUUGCCGCACUGAUGCCAAUUGUUGCAGUGGGUGCGCUGCGCUAUGUAGAACAGAUAUUCUCAUGCACUUUUACACAGUCUGUUAACCCAUCUAGUGAUAUUACAGUGGCAUUUAUUCAUUUCAUAAUACCCAUGGCUAUUAUAAUUUAUUGCUAUGCAAGGAUCUGGAUAUUGGUCAUUAAGGUGAAAUAUCGGGUCAGAAAAGAUGGCAAGCAGAAGUUGAAAUCAGCAGAAAUCAAGAGCUUUCUGAGCAUGUUUAUAGUCUUUGUGCUGUUUACAAUAUGUUGGGCCCCCUUCAGUAUAAAUAGUCUGGGCAUGGGCUUUAGCCCUCCAGGGAAGGCUCCCAAUUUUCCAAGCUGGCUGUUUGUCAUGAGCUACUUUUCCACCUUCUUCAACAGCUGCAUAAAUGGCAUUGUCUAUGGUGUGUUUAAUCAGAACUUCAGACAGGAGUAUAAAAAUAUUAUUUUACUGCUCUGGCUGCCAAGACUGUUUUGCAAGAAGACAUCAAGGGGGGGGUCUAAAGCUCUGCCUUCAAAAACCUCUCUUGUAAUGACCUCCUUCAGAACAUUCUCUUUGCCCACAACUGACUGGUCACUCUAUCAGCUUCUGGAAAUUGACUCAGGAGAAGGCACAAUGAAAUGCUAUCAGGUUGCAAAGCAAAGACAGAAGGAUAAAGAAAAAGUCAUCAGACACUCUUUGUUAUGGAUGCCAGCAACAACCUGUUCACCAGUUCACAUGAUUUCAAAGGCAGAAUGA